UCAGCUGAUCACUCUCAAGGUCGACUUCGCAGAGCAUCAUGGGGAGGACACUGAAUCCACUGGUUCUACCCGGGGACCGCUACAUCCCCAACAACUAAAACAACGCUGGUUCACCAUCACCACCUUAAUAGGAGAAUCACGCCUUUGCCCAUGACGGCAUAGCUGUCAGGAGAUGCGAUGCAAAAUAGCGAGUCACGGAUAAAUCAGAAAGGAGGUUGGUUAGCAGAGAGCAUCUCGUUUUUCAUAGGUUGAUGGAAGCUGGGCUAUUGUCGAAGGGGAACGUCGCGCAUCCACUACACGAACCUGAGCUAUAGGAAACGAAUAACGUAGACAUUUUCAAGAGGCUGUUUUUAUAGUACCGCAUUGGUGCCAGUGGAAUCGUUAAGGGUGAGAGGGGAAUAGCACGUCUGGUCACGACAGUUUCAGCACCAAGGACAGCGACGUAUCAGUUCCUUAUUUUUGAGGCUGCAGCUUUGAAGACUGGGCGGUUCCGCAAGCCUUUUCCACCUGAAGAUCUUUUCUCUUGUCCUCCUGUCCUGUUUGUCAACUUCUCAUCAAGAGCUGCUUUUUGUUAUUGAGUAUUGCACUGAAGAUGGUGGAGGAGGAGAAAAAGCAGGUGACAGGAUACCUCCUGUUCUCCCUGGCCACUGCAGUCAUUGGCUCGCUGCAGUUUGGCUACAACACAGGAGUCAUUAAUGCACCGGAACAGAAACUGCGGGCUUUCUUCAACAACACGUGGAUGGAGAGGUAUGGCGAGCCCAUCAAACCAGGAACGUGUACCAUUGUGUGGAGCUUUUCGGUGGCCGUCUUUAGUGUGGGCGGCAUGGUGGGCUCCUUCAGCGUCGGAGUGAUGGCAGACAGAUUUGGGAGGAAAUUGUCCAUGUUCCUGGUCAACAUCCUGGCUGUAAUUGGAGGCCUCCUCAUGGGUUUCUCCACCCUCUGCUCCUCCUACGAGAUGGUUAUUGCCGGACGCCUCGUCAUCGGCCUCUUCUGCGGCCUCUUUACAGGCCUUACGCCCAUGUACGUGGGGGAGCUGUCCCCCACCCCUCUACGGGGCGCCUUCGGCACCUUGCACCAGCUGGGCGUGGUGAUUGGCAUCCUCGUGGCUCAGAUCUUUGGCUUGGAGUCUCUGCUGGGGUCGGACAAGUUGUGGCCUCUGCUGCUGGCUCUGACGGUCGUCCCGGCCAUGCUGCAGUGUAUUCUGCUGCCCUUCUGUCCGGAGAGCCCUCGCUUCCUCCUCAUCAACCAGAACAAGGAGGAGCAGGCCCGCAAAGCCCUGGUGCGUCUGCGUGGCUUCGACGACGUGAGUAAAGACAUGCAGGAGAUGAAGGAGGAGAGUUCCAAGAUGGCCAUGGAGAAGAAGGUGACCAUCCCUGAGCUGUUCCGCACCGCAGCCUAUCGGCAGCCGCUCCUCAUCGCCGUCAUGCUCCACCUCUCCCAGCAGCUCUCCGGAAUCAAUGCUGUGUUCUACUAUUCAACUGGUAUCUUUGAGUCAGCCGGUGUCACCCAACCCAUUUACGCCACUAUUGGAGCAGGAGCUGUUAACACUGUCUUUACUGUGGUAUCUCUCUUCCUGGUCGAGAGGGUGGGACGAAGGACUUUGCAUCUCGUCGGAUUGGCCGGAAUGGCCGUCAGUGCCCUGCUCAUGACUAUUGCCCUCCUGUUGAAGGGCUACUCAUCUCUGAGCUACCUCAGCAUUGGGGCAGUGUUUCUGUUUGUGGCCAUGUUUGAGAUGGGGCCUGGUCCUAUCCCAUGGUUCAUAGUGGCGGAGCUCUUCUCCCAGGGUCCGCGGCCUGCCGCCAUAGCCGUGGCCGGCUGCUGCAACUGGACCGCCAACUUCCUGGUGGGAAUCAGCUUCCCCAAACUGGAGGAGCUGUGUGGGCCUUAUGUCUUUAUCAUCUUCAUGAUCUUACUUAUCUUCUUCUUCAUCUUCACCUUCAUCAAAGUCCCAGAGACCAAGGGCAAGACCUUUGACGAGAUCGCCCGUGAGUUUGGCGGGAACCCCCUGCCCCCUGCCACCUCUGUGGAAGCUCCUCAUAGUAGUAUCAGCGUAACACUUUCUGCCUCGCCCAUCAAGGAGAAGGUUCCAUUGGUGGAGGCGGCAGCAGCAGAGGAUAAGUCCAACUCAACUGUACAGGAGAGCUUGUAGAAUCCUGUGUUGGGUCAAUGGUUAAAGGUCAAGGGUUGGGGGUCAGCUGGUUCAAAAACAGAUCAAAGUUUAAUUCUUUGGCAGUUCAGGUACAUGGGGACGGGUGUUUGACAUGAAGGGAAAUAUACCAUGCGUGUACAUGGAAAGUCACAACACACAUAUUUCGGUGGAUACAGUAGCUAGGAUGAAUUAGUGUUAUUUUUUCACAUUUCUUUCUGUGAAUAUAUUUCUCAACCUAUAGGUCAAAAUGUGUAUUUUAAUUGUGUUGCCUUCUUUUACUGAGUGCAUCAUCAUUUAAACAGCUUUUAGUAAAGCCAAAGUGGGUCUAGUCAAAACAAACAACCUCAAUAGUGUUUCUGGUAAACAGUAGUUUUAACAGUGAAACAGUAGAUUAGGGUCAAUUACAUUGGUUGGCUUUCAUGGUUUAGGAAUAGCUUUUAUAAAUAACCCAAUAAUCCCAGAAUGACCGUACUUGACAUCUAAUUUCAACAGUUGUUGUAUUUGAGAACAAAAUAAUAUGCUUAUACCUUACUCAACGUAAGAAUCCACUGCUAAACAUCACAUUCAGAUGAGAGAGAGAGAGAGAGAGAGAGAAAGAGAGAGAGAGAGAGAGAGAGAGAGAGAGAGAGAGAGAGAGAGAGAGAGAGAGAGAGAGAGAGAGAGAGAACUUAUUUCACUUUAACUUGCUUUAGGUGCACCUUAUUACCCAAAUAGAAAUCAAUUAAAAUUCCAUGAUUGCUAAUAUACUCUUCAAAAAGCGAUUUAUGGCAAAUUAAUCAACAUAGGGAAUAAUUAGAGAAAUAUUUACCUGAGGGAGUGCUUUUACAGCUAGCCGAUAAAACAAUACUUUAGGAUAGCGUAGAAUUGCAUUAACUAUAUUGUCUAAGGGGACUGCAAUAGAGGUUUCAAAUUAAAAAGGGUUCAACUUUAUUCGAAGGAUGGGUAACUUUAAUGCAGAUAGUUAUUUUGGAUAUUAGAUUAUAAUAGAUUGUGAUAUGAGUCGCGAUGUUAUGAACUUGGAUUCGAUAAGAAUCAACCAUAGAGAGCAAAGGACUCCAUCGGUUUUCUCUGUGGUAUUGAGUGCAAUUUUGAAUUGUUCUGCUGUGAGAGCAUUCAUUAAAAAAUAUUGAAUAUGAUUAUGAUGCUUAUCUAUUCAGUCUGUAUUUGGAAUAACACAAUGGGACUUUAGUUGUGACCAAAUGUGAGGAUUUGUGCAAAAUGCUUUUUAAUGACUCCAUUUUAAGUCUAUACUCUACUUUGUGACACUUUGUCUGAAGAUUAACCUUGUGGAAAAUGUUUAAAAAUAUAAAUUUAUUCAAAGAUUUUAUUGUAUAGAUAUACUGUAGUAUAUAUAUAUGUGUGUUACAAAAAAAUAUAUGUAUUUUUUAUUUGUGGUUGUGUAAAUUAGACGUAGUAAUUUUUCUCCAAGCACUUUCACAAUUUAUUUUGCCUAGAAAGAUGACAGGGUCAUGGCUUUGUUCUUUAUUCAUAUAAUAUAUUGUGGAUAUAUGUAUGUAUUGCACUGGGAAAAUACAUUCCUUUUGAUGGUAGUAUUCAGUAUUUGACCUCUCCUCCAAGGAAAAAACGUUCUUCAAUGGCAGCCCUCCCUCACUACUGUUAACAAGACUGUGGUACUUUACUAACUGAACCAUACUCAGUUACCUUAUGCACAUUCACUUAUUGUACAAAGUUAGGAGAGUAUUUAUUUGUAAAUAUGUAUUUUCAAAAUGAUAUUUAUAUGUUGACUGCAGUGGUUGAAUGUCGGCUUGUUCUGGCUUAUGGGGUGCCCAUCGUCCAAUGAGUGAAAAAGAGAAGGAAAGAGAGAACAAGUAUUGGAUGGUUUCCUAGUAAUCCACUGAAGCAUUGAUAUACAUUGCUCUAUUAACUUUCGGUUAAAGUAUUAUUUAUGUCAAAAUGGACACUGGAUUUAAAAAAAACAGUUCCCUUACCACUGCUCCACAACACUGCUUCCCUCACUCUCCCUCUCUCUUCCACUUUCCACAUGCCUUCCACUUGUUCAGUAUCCACCUUAUGCUGUCCCCAGUGUGUGCCUAAAAAAGUGUAUUUAUUUUCAGUUGAUGAUCAUUGUAUCCUAUAUUGUCACAGAGACCUAUUCCAUUUCACAUCAGAAAACCAUGUUGUUUUGAAAUGGAUUUUUACCAAUGCGGUUGGUAUUGCUUUUAUGUUUGUUUUUCCUGGCCUGUGUUCCAUGGCCUUCCGUUUACUUUGAGUGAUUGUGUUUGUGAGUUCCUUGUUUCUGCUGCUUAUUUGUGCCUCUCCUUCAGCUAAUGUGUACUGUAUGUGUGUGUGUGAACACGUUCUUCCUGCUUCCAAAGUCUUGUACUCUUCUUCUCCAUGAGGCACCAAACAAAGGGCAUUUAAGCAAGGUCUAUAGCCCAGCCAUAAACAAUUAAAAUGAUUAAAUAAUCAAUGUUGAUAUUGAAUUGAAAAAUAUGGUCUAAUUUAUAAAUAUCGAGAUCACGUGAAGUGCAGAAAAGCACACUAUUGAAUCCAUUUUGUAAUUUUCCUGUAUUGAAAAAAUGUAUCACACAAACAGUAUAAAUCUGGCUUUGAAAUACCCUAUGAGACAUAAUGAAAAAUUACAACAAACUAACAACAACCAUACAGCCCCAUAUGUCACAUGUAUUUGUUUCACUUGUGUUUGUAUAAAUGAAUAUACUGUCGUUAAAUAAAAUAUCACACAUCUAACAAA